AAUAGGUAAUAAUAUAAUGACAGAUAGGCAACCCAUUUAUCUAUUUCCUUGAUAGAUAAAUAUCAGCUGACUAUAUUGUUAGGUUAAGUUCGUAAUGUUUACUUUUAUUGUGCGAUUUGUUGAUAAAAUAACGCUAAAAAAUGUCUGAUAACGUGUUAGACGCAGAAAAUUGGAAAUUUGAAGCUCAAGCAGUUAUUAACGAUAUAAAAAACCACGUCGAAACCGCUUCAAUUUCAUCAAAAAUCGUCAGCACCAACGAAAAAAUUUACGUUAACAUCAGGACGAUUGAAGGAGAAGAUUUCUGCCUGGAAUUAUCAGCCUUGGGAUUUCGUGUAUGCGGAAAUCAGCCCGAUACGAUAAAUGAACCCACCUCGGAAUACUACGAAACACCGUACGGAUUAUUAAACGUAAUCAGCCCGAAAUUUCGCGAAUCUUUCGGUAAUCUUUUAGUAACGAAAUUGUCGGAAUUACAAAAUAAACAAUAAACACGGGUUAUUAUUUGCGUGAUAGUAGUAGGGAUGUUCAACGCGCACGUUGAAGUUGGUACCGCUGUUACCGGAGCUUGACCCAGUGCUCAUAAUUUCAUACCGCUCCUAAACAAUGAGUGGUGUUGACAGAUUUCUGACGUCCACCUCGAUGCGAAUCAUGAAAAAAACCGACGCUUUUAUAUCGUUUUAAAAGACAGGAUGUGAUGACUGUUUUUUGCAUUGUUUAAACCCGAUUUUUUGAAAUUUAUUUUGCUUGGACUAUUUUAGUGAAAAUUUUUAGUGGCCAUAGUGCUCCUAAGGUGUGAUUAUCCCAGGCUUUGACAAUGCAAACUACAUAAUUUAAGGUUUACGAUCCUCAACGCUGCUGAUGGGAUUUUACACGAAAGGUACG